AUGACAAGUACAGCAGUUAUAUUUAUAGAGAGAGCUACACCAGCAACACUUACAAAUUUUAAAGAUGCAUUAGCUAAUGAUUUACUAUCAACAGAAGGAACGUGGUCACUUGAAUUCCGAACUUAUAGAACACAAAUCAAAAAUUAUUCAGAGGAUUCACGUUCAAAGUUAAUGUAUACGAUGAAUUUCUCUCAUCAUGAUGAAAAUACAAUAAUAAUUAAGAAUAAAUUAGGUUUCCUGUUGAGUUCAGAUGUAUCUAUUAGUAACAAGAUUACAGAUGAUAACAGAGUUCAAAAUUUAGUUGAGAAUGAUUGUAGCACAGGGUUCCCAGAAUCCUUUGAUAUUUUACUAGGUAAUAAGUUGACUAAUAUGUGGGAACAACGACAAAUAUUGAGAGGUGAUGCUGGAGAAACAUUCAAGACGAUGAACUGUCUCAUUAGAUGUAUCAACCUUUUCUCUUCUACGGGUUUUAAGGGAUUAAUCAUCGAAAUUGAAGAUAUAACAAAAGAUUGUACCAAUGAAACGUUUACAACUAGAAUCAAUGAAAUUAAAGAAUUAUUGACAGAGAUCACAAUUAAAGAAUAUCAAAUAUCACAGGAUACCCUUAAUGACGAUGAAAUUAAUACGGACUCCAUGAACCAAACAGACUACUUAUGUAAUUUAGCAUACCAAUAUGUACGUGUUCUAGAGUAUUGA